UUGAACCUGCUCUGGGACCUCUGCCCCAACCUCGGUAGAUGGGCGCUCUAGGCUUCUGCCAGGCGGGCGCCUAUCCCGUCUACGUGCUCUGCUGCCUCCUCGUUGCUUACCUCCUCAACCAACUUGAUCGCUAUGACCUCGCCAUCGUAAUCCAGCCCCUGUCCCAGGAGCUUGAGUUUGGGGACAAAAGUUGUCUCCCGGUCGACAGUGCGGAGCGGAGCGGGGUGCAGUGCCGUAACGCCAGUUCCCAGGAGAGCUGCCUGUCCCUCCAGAAUGAGAACAAGACACAAUAUUGUCAAUGGAACUACGAUGGGACUGGAUGGGAGUAUCAGAUCAUGGCUGGUCCUGUCUUCGUCCUCAUUUUCACCUUCGCAGGGAUUUUCAUUGGAUUCGUGGCUGAUUCUGUGAAUCGGAAGCAUUUCCUGUCAGCCAGUCUCUUCCUCUGGAGUCUCAUGACGUUUCUGAUGGGAUUCGCCAAGCGUUACUGGCACCUGGUGCUGCUGCGUUUUGGGCAAGGGAUCAGUGAGGCUGGAUGCACACCGUUUGCAAUCAGUCUGAUUGUGGAUUACUUCCCAAAGGCGAUUCGAGGCUCAGCCAUUGGUUUCUAUAACUGGGGGAUCUACGCUGGCUACAGUCUAUCAUAUGCUGUCGGGAACUAUGUCACGAGGGCCAACAUUCUGGGACAGGGCUGGAGAUGGACCUUCUUCCUCAGCGCCAUCCCAGGGUUCAUCGUUAGCGCCAUCCUGCUACUGACUGUUCGGGAAGUUCCAUCCAGGAAGGGAAGAGAUGACGAUCCACUCCGUACCACAACACGAAGCCUCGGCCUCAGGCAGAAACUGUUGCAGGGUCUGCGGCCGUUCCUGACACCCUCGCUCCUGCUCUUCUCUCUCGCUGGCUCAGUCAGGAAUGCAGGAGGGUACGUUUGGGCCUACAAUACCCAAGUGUAUUUCAAUCUGUACUAUAGUGGUGUGGAUGUGGGCCGCUGGUUGUCAUGGAUACCGCUAGUCGGGGGCUGCAUUGGAGCUGUUACUGGAGGGUUUAUUGCGGAUCAAUUAGUCAAAAGAAGAGGCUUGUACGCACGUGUAUGGGUCUUGGUCUUCAGUCAGGUAGCAGCAGCUCCCUUUGUCGCUGGAGCCCUCUGGCUGAAGCCCCCGUAUGCCUUCCUCUCUUUAAUCCCAGCCAAUAUAAUUGGUGAGAUGGGGAUCGGGGUCGCACUGACUAUUGUUGUGGAGCUGGUUUCACCCACAGUUCGCACUCCUGUUGUGGCCAUCUACAUCUUCAUCAUUUCCAAUAUUGGUGGCAAUGCCCCAUUGCUGGUCACUCCACUAACCAGGCGUUGGAACCUGCGGCUUGCCUUGCUGGUCCUGUGCCCUGGCAUGUACAUCGCUGGGUCCUUGCUCUUCCUUCUUUCCCUCAUUGUAAUGCGCUGGGAACAGAAGAAGGUCUCUGAGGAGGAAUCACGCCCGCUGUUGGGAUUUGAGAGUUUGGACCUCGACCAUGGGUUAAUAGGGGAUUUGGAGCUUCACGACGACAGCUGAUGUUUUCUAUUAGACGCUGCCUCGGGG